AUUUUACAGUUGGCAACAUGAUAGCUUGACAACAAAAACUUGUCACUUGUCACUCUUAUUUACGCUUAUUAUUUUAUUAUUUUUCGUUUAAUUUUUAAUUAUUUUCGCGUUCUAACAACAAUUCCUCGUUAUUAUUCAAAGGUUAUGUUUACAUGAAACCAUUUAAGUUUUAAUCUUUGAGCUUAAAAACGUUUUCAAUGCGACCUUUACGACGUAAAAGAAAAAUGUUCGAGCAGUUUAAUAUAAAAGAUGAAUUCCAAAAGGAAAAUCGAACGUCAAAACCGCCCGAUUUGAAUGAACCGACGAUGAAAAAGGCGAAAUUAACGCUGCAAAACGAUGAAAAUGGAAACGAUUUGGAUAAUCACAAUCUCGCCCCAUCGAAAUCAAAAGGAAAUCCAUGCCAAUUAUGUAAACAAGCGUUCCCUUCAAUGGAUGAGCUUGUUAUGCACGCGAAAAUUGAGCACACCCCUCGAAAACAAAGAACGUUUUCUGUUGAAGAUAUCGAGUACUUUUUAAAAGUUUUUUUAAAGCUUAAAAAAAGUCAUUGUCCGAUUUGUCACAAGGCGAUAUUGAAUACUUUAAAUUGGAGGGGCCACAUGUACACGCAUUGCGUUAGCAAGAACAUUUCAUGUCGGGUUUGUGGAAAAACAUUUACAAGAGCCGAUCAUUGUAAGAAUCACGAGGCGAGACACAAAGUUAAAAUUGAAGGUGAAAUGAGCGAAGAAGAUGAGUUUGACGAUUAAAUUAAGAUGGAUUAAUUUUAUUAUAUAAAACCAAAAUGAUUUUUAGAUUAAGUUGGGUUAAAAUUGAAUUAAUUAGUUAAAGGGAAGAAAAUUAAGAUAAAGAUUCCUUUAUUAAGUGCCUUCCGAUAAGUUACUACUUCUUUAAGUUUAAGCGUUAACGAGUUAAGAGUUAAUUCAGUGUUAAAUAAAUGAAUAAAAAGGGAUCAAUUUUUCAAUUUAAAUUCAAUGGAACCCCCCAUUUAUAGGUAUAUAACGCGAAUCGAAUUUUAAUUAGAUUUUUUUACGUAAUUUAACCAAAGAAAGUGAGUUUUGACCCAAAUUUAACUAUUUAUUUGUUGGAGAUUGAUUUAAAAAAAUUUAACCUACUAAGAAUGAUUAUUUGAAAUGGUCGAAAUUGGGUUAAUGUAAUUUAGGAUUAAAAAAUACCCUCAUUACUUUCAUAAUUGAAUUGUUAUCGAUAAUUUUUUUUUAUUUAUCUGCUAAUUUGUAUUCGAAACAGAAAUUGUUUUCAAUGUUAAUGGUUAUGGCUCAAUCUUUUUGUUAUUUGAAAAUGGGUUGAUGGAAAAUAGACGGUAGUGGGGUGGUAUAUAAAUGUUAAAAGUGAUGUGAAUUAAGUUUGUUUUGUGUGAGUAACUGUAAAAAAUUAUUUUUUAAAAUGAGGUGGUGCGUUUUUGGGUUUUUAAUAUUUUUGAUUAUUGGAAUUGAAUCAAAACCGUUUUUCAAAUCAAAUUUUCGAUCAACAACCGAAUCGAAUAUUGCCGAUUUACGAGAACGUUUAGAAAACUCUUCUUUACUACCACCACCCUUAAACGACGACGAAAACCAAGCAGUUCCCGGAUUUAUCCAAAAGAAAAUAGCGAAACUUUUCCGUAAAAUCCAAUUUUUCACCUCCCUCGCGAACGGAUUUACCACAAAAAAACCAGAGCCGGAUGUUGAUUUUGAAGAUAUCGACAACGAAGAUGAUUUUCCAAAAAGUAAUACGACUGUGAUGGUUACAACGGAAUCGGGGGAGUUUUCUAAUUCGACUUUUGUGGAAAAUGAGGUUGGAAUUUCGAAUGCUACGGUUUAUAAUAAAGGAAAUAAGGAGAAAGAAGAGUUGGAUUCCACUGCGAGGUUGCAAAAUGUCAAAUAUGAGUUUUCUCCUGUUGGAAUUGGAAUUUAUUUUAUGGAAUUAGUUGGGAGCUUGAUUGGAUUAGUUUAUGGGGCCGCUCUUCAAGUUUCAAACGGUACCCAACAACCUUCUGUAUAAAUAUAAAAGUGUAUUUAUUAAAUAAAUAUGAUUAA